UUUAACUGAUAAAAACUACAGGCAAGGCUUUUAUGUGUAAACUGUAUAAUAUCCCAGUUCUCUUGUUUAUAUGCACAAGGUUGGAGAGAGUUACAUGAAAAUGGCUUUUUGGUGUUGGAAUUUGACUACUUUUUUCUUUAUGCUUUUUAGUGUUUUUAAAAUAGUAACAGUUUAGCUAAGGAACUAUAAAACUGACCUGUGACUUCUGUGUGAUGGCUUCUUAAGUUUGCUCCCGAGAUCUAGACAGCCUCACCUUAUGUCAAGCUGUGUCUGUGUCUGUGUCUGUGUUAGUGGCUGUGUCUGCAGCUGUCCACGCUGCUGCUGCUGCUGCUGCUGCUGCUGCUGCAGUGUUUUGCUUUGCUCAUCCUCAUAUGUGCUGUUCGUUGCCAGUCCUCUCUCUAUGCACCUAGUUUUCUCCUUGUUGUUCCCUUUGGUUUCUAAGUAGUUUAUGUAUAUUCUUCUGCAUAUAAUUCUCUUAACUUUUUCUUUUUUUUUUCUUUUUUUUUUUUCCUUGCUUCGUUUUUGAGACAGGGUCUCUUGUCUCUAUGUAGCUUGUAGCUGAGGCUGGCCUUAAUCUCCCGAUCCUCCUCAUAUUUCCAAAUUUUGUGGGAAAAAAUAUAUCAUGGGUAGCCAUAUAUGCUGAUUAUCUGAACUUUUCUUAUACUGUCUAAUACUGUAUACAUAUAAGAGGAGCUUAUGAGUGCAGCUUUAUUAAAUGCCAUCUAUUUAGUACAUUAGCUGUUUAUAUUGUAUAGUUUCUAGGAACGUCUUUAUUUUGAAUCACUAUGAAUUUAUGAAUAAAAGAUCUGGCUUACUUAGAUACCUAUAAAAACGGACAGGCUAUUCAGAAGGGUUGGAGGUGGUAUGUUACUCAUACCAAAAUGGCAGUGGCAUUCAGGAGGAAAAGUGACAGCCUCUGGUGGGAAGCAGAGCAGGACUGUAUUAAGGGGUUUCUCACACUGUCUGUCAUUAUCACUUCUGUUUCCUGAGUUCCUUAUCUGACAAAUGAGGUGAAAAAUAUCUAGGUUACCUACUCAAUUCAGACUACUUUUGCUCGUUUAUUUGUUUUGAGACAGUGUCUCAUUGGGUAUCCUUGGCUGUCCUGGAAUUCUGUAUGUAAACCAGUCUGGCCUUGAACUCAGAGGUCUUUCUGCCCCUGCCCCUUCAGGACCUGUGCCACUACACCUGGUUCAGAUUAGUUUUUUUUUUUUUUUCUGGUGGUUGGGGAAAAUAUGAUAGAAAAAAUAGUAGAAAUGUUUUAUUAUAUCUGAAGUUUUUGUGUGUGGCAAUUUUGGCAUGGGUAUCCAAAGUUUAAACUUGUGAGCCAUCAAAUAGAUUAUGUCCUAGGCUCAUAAAAGUCUUAUGAUUCCCUUUGAGAUUCAAUAAUGAUUUGGAUUGCUGUGGAAAAAUAUAAAAUGACCUGAAUAUCUUACUGUGUCAGAAACAAGAAAUGCUUUAUAAAACCACUGGGAACAUGUCAGGGAAUCUGAAAGAUUCCCUACUGGGCAGAGCUACAGUCAGAUGAACCACAAAGGACAGCAUGUGGAUUAUUGUUCCAUAUAGGAAAUGGGUCCACAUCUGUGCUAUAAAUGAUACAAACUGAUAUAAAUAAAUGGGGAGUGGAGAGAAAGGUAUGGCUAGUGUGUGGAAGAAUUCUAAAUAAUUAACGUAGCUUUUGCAACCUAAUGGAGAAGAAGCUUAAUUCCAACAUCUUUCUCCCUUGAAGGUGGGCUUGACUUAAUGAUUCACUUUUAAAGAGUAGAGUCAGGGGUAGGUAGAAAUAGAAAUGUUUUAGUGGGAAAACUUGGCAAAUAUUGUUACUCAAAUGAUGAAUAUGAAUGUCACAAAUGACUUGAGAUUGAUAUCAUAUACCCCUGAAAAUGUCAUCCUUGUAUUCUUUCUGAAGAUCUGUAACCCAUAUCUAUUUUCAGGAAAAAUAAUAAAGAAUAGGAGACAUUCUGCAGGAUACCUGACCAGUAAGGGUCAUGGAAACAAGUUAGAUCUAAAAGAUUAAAAACAAAAGAUGAUAACCAAGUAAAGUACGGUAUUCUGAACCAGAUCUAAACUAGAAAGAGGACACAAACAGAAAAUCUGAAGUUGGGAAUUGACCAAUGUUAGUGUUUAAUUUUGACAAAUAUGCCAUGGAAAUGUAAAAUAUUAACGGUUUUGAAAGUAAAAAAGUACUCCGGAUUUCUCUAUUCUGAAGUAAAGUUUACUUUUAACAAUAGGCUGGAAAUGGCUGGGGAUAGAGCUUAGCAGCGAACUUGUCGUGCAUGCGCAGGGCCCUCAGUUUAGGCCCAGUACUGCAAAGACACAUACCUGCUGCAUGCAGAGGAGCUUCACCGGACUUGAUGGCAUGUGCUUGCAGUUUCAGUCUGAUCAGAACUACAGUGCGGCAACGGCUCGCGACCCUGCAAAAUGGUUGGAAAUAGUUACAAUUUAAAUAUAAAACAAAAUAAACCUGUAGAGACUAUGAGGAAUUAAGAAAGAUAAAGGGGGCUGGAGAGAUGGCUUAGAGGUUAAGAGCACUGGCUGCUCUUCCAGAGGUCCUGAGUUCAAUUCCCAGCAACCACAUGGUGACUCAUAACCACCUAUAAUGAGAUCUGGUGCCCUCUUCUGGCCUGUAGGCAGAAUGCUGUAUACAUAAUAAAUAAAUCUUUUUUAAAAAAGACUAGAAAAAAUACAAGGUUGAUGUCAGAUCAGAGGAACUCCACUUCCCCAAAUGGAACAGAAGCGUGUACAGUAAAGAAAGCUGCCGAUCUGACUACUCCAUGAUAUGAUUUUUAUUGUAGAUAUGAGAGAGGGAGAAGAUGUGGGGGAUGUUGCUCAGAAAUCUAAGCUACAAAUUCUGAGUUACUAUCAUUUUACUUGGUAGUUUUGAAGAUUAAUGUUUAUGCAUGGUGUUUUUGAGAGAUGACAAGCUGAUUUUAGCUGUAUUGUUUUUGUUGGUAUUCUAUCUAAGCUCCACCCCCACAGUUGCCUGGGAACAGCCAGGUAUGCUCCGCCCCACAGUUGCCUGGCAACAGCCUGCAGUGCCUGACUAUAAAGGGGACUGCUUGCUCCCUCCUCUCCCUUUUGCUUCUCUCUUGCUCUCUUUGUUCUCUUCUCUUCCCUGCUCUUCCCCUGUACCCUGUUCCUUCUCUCUAAGCACCCCCCUCUCUCAUGGUCAGCCUUUCCUCUCUACUACUCUUCUCUCAUUAGACCUCUCCACAUGGAGCCAUGUUGGUUUGGUGUGCUUUGUGAGGGCACGGGCCGAGAUUUAAUCAGUUUUAUUUGUCAUUUACCAGUAUAAUUGGUGGAACUGUUCUAAGUGAGAUGCUUGGGACCAUGUCAAAUUCUAAAGUCAAAUUGGGCAUCAUAAACUCACAAGCCUUACAUUGGAAAUCUUUGGUAAAGGCUGGUUUAGAAAUUGUUGAUAAUUUUAUUUUUAUGUUUCAUUAUAUGCCUGUGUUGCUAUGUGAGUGUGAAUGUAGAUGCUCAUGGCUGCCAGAAGUUUGAGAUCCCUUUCAGCGUUUAACAUAGCUAAGUCUCCUUUCCUUGUUUUCCACCACUGGUUUGUCUUUAAUUGGAGGGUAAUAAGUGAGUGUCUUAGUUGGGGUUACUAUUGCUGUUAUGAAACACGAUGACCAAAAGCAACUCAGGAGGAAAGGUUUAUUUCACUCACAGGUUUAUAUAACAGUUCAUCAUCAAAAGCAAAGAGGACAGGAACUCAUGCAGGGCAGGAAACUGGGGGCAGGAGCUGAUGCAGAAGCCAUGGAGGAGUGCUUCUUACUGACUUGUUUGCUCAGCCUGCUUUCUUACAGAACCUAGGACCACCAAGCCCAGGGAUGGUUACACCCACAAUGUGUUGAGCCUUCCUACACCAAUUAAGAAAAUGCCCUACAGGCUUGCCUACAGCCCAGUCUUAGACAUUUUUUUUUUCAGGUGUCAAAUAGACAUAAAAUUAGCCAGCACAGUGGCCCAGCCUAUUUCUUUGGGAUACUAGGUCCUGGCUUUGCCCUAAAACAACUCUAGUGACUAUAUUUAAUGACUGCCUACUGGGGAAAAGUCCAGGGGCUUUCAAAUGGUCGACUCAGAAUUAUUUUUAGAAUAAAUGAUUCCAAAGUUCAUCUGGUACUUGUUCUAAGCAAGGUCAUGUUCUUCAUGCAUUUGAUAGCCUUCACUCUGUUGCCAGUUCCCUUGUAAACCUUUCAGCACCUGUAUCCCCAGGCUGUUGAUUCAGAGUACCCUACUUAGUAGAAACAGAGGACUGCCCAAAUGUGCGCCUUCAUGUAAAAAUACGGUGAUGCUUAUAGGAAAAAAAACAUAUUAAAUUUAUGCAGCGCUGUGAUUUGGAAUGUCUUAAAUGUACUAGGAAAAAGAACAUGGUAUUGACUUGUUGGUGCCUGCUGGGAUAAAAUGAGGACACCUAAAUGAAAUCCUAAAGAAUAAGUUGGUAUCGCUGGAAAGAAGUGAGCUUGCUUUUUAUUACAUAUAGGACCUGGCCACUUGUACCUAAAAUCCCAUCUGCAAAUGUUUCCUUAGUUCUUCAAAGAAACCUAAAUAAAAUAACCAAUUUAAAAAGAAAAAGAAAAAAGGGAACUCUGGUUAAUUGCCUAUAGCUCUUUACCUAGGGGUGAGGAUCCGUGAGAUUUUCCCAUCCACAUUGGCAUGUCAGCUGGUGUGGCCAUUAGUUACAUUGUUGAGAUUUCAUGUGUGUAGUUUGUAGAAGACACAAUUUCACAGCAGAUUUCCUGGAUGUUACAGCAUUUGUCUCCCAGUUUGGGUUUCCUGAUUUAAUUCCCGAGUUGUUUAAUAUUUUUCUCUGUUUCUGACAUUUUUGUAACUUGUUGGUCAGGCCUACUUAAAGGCAAACUUUUAAUUUUCUCUUUAAAUGUGUCUUUAAAAGAUGGUGGCUUACUUGGAUUGUUAGUGUUAUACAGGACAGCAAGCUGGCCCAUCAUGAUAUCACGAUAUAAGAAGAGUGACAUAUCCCAGCUUCCAUGUGAAGUCGAGGUUAGAAUCGAGGAUUGUAAUAGACUAGAGAGAGGUUUCCAAGGCCUGUGUGUGCUGUCUGCUUUUCAGUGUCUUUGGUUCUUCAGAGCUUCUCCUGUAAGACUUUCCUACAGGCUGUGCUUAGAAAUUCUAGGCUUUAUCUUUUCUCCCCCUUCCCUUCCACCACACCCCUAAUUGUAACUCGUAGUCAUCAUCUGGUCACAGUCCUCCUGCUUCACCCUCCAGUGUACCUUGUCCUUUUCUAAAGCGUGCUGGAAAGUGUAUCUGCCCAGGCGAGGAUCCUAAGACUUCACGAGGAACUCAUUAUACAAUGACAAAUGGAGGCAGCAUUAACAGCUCCACACACUUGCUGGAUCUUUUGGAUGAGCCCAUCCCAGGUGUCGGUACAUACGAUGAUUUCCAUACUAUUGACUGGGUGCGAGAAAAGUGUAAGGACAGAGAAAGGCACAGACGGAUCAACAGUAAAAAAAAAGAAUCAGCAUGGGAAAUGACAAAAAGUCUAUAUGAUGCUUGGUCAGGAUGGCUUGUAGUUACACUGACGGGAUUGGCGUCAGGGGCGCUGGCUGGAUUGAUAGACAUUGCUGCUGACUGGAUGACUGACCUGAAAGAGGGCAUCUGCCUCAGUGCAUUGUGGUACAACCAUGAACAGUGUUGUUGGGGCUCUAAUGAGACGACGUUUGAAGAGAGGGAUAAAUGUCCACAGUGGAAAACAUGGGCAGAGUUAAUCAUAGGUCAAGCAGAGGGUCCUGGAUCUUAUAUCAUGAACUACAUCAUGUACAUCUUUUGGGCUUUGAGUUUUGCCUUUCUUGCAGUUUCCUUGGUGAAAGUAUUUGCUCCGUAUGCCUGUGGCUCCGGAAUUCCAGAGAUUAAAACUAUUUUGAGUGGAUUCAUCAUCAGAGGUUACUUGGGAAAGUGGACUUUAAUGAUUAAAACCAUCACAUUAGUGCUGGCUGUGGCAUCAGGUUUGAGUUUAGGAAAAGAAGGUCCCUUGGUACAUGUUGCCUGCUGCUGUGGAAAUAUCUUUUCCUACCUCUUUCCAAAGUAUAGCACAAAUGAAGCUAAAAAGAGGGAGGUGCUGUCAGCCGCCUCAGCUGCUGGUGUCUCUGUGGCUUUUGGUGCGCCAAUUGGAGGAGUGCUUUUUAGUUUGGAGGAGGUUAGCUAUUAUUUUCCUCUCAAAACUUUAUGGAGAUCGUUUUUUGCUGCUUUGGUGGCGGCCUUUGUUUUGAGAUCCAUCAAUCCAUUUGGUAACAGCCGUCUGGUCCUUUUUUAUGUGGAGUAUCAUACACCAUGGUACCUUUUUGAACUGUUUCCUUUUAUUCUCCUAGGGGUAUUUGGAGGGCUUUGGGGAGCUUUUUUUAUUAGGGCAAAUAUUGCCUGGUGUCGCCGACGCAAGUCCACCAAAUUUGGAAAGUAUCCUGUUCUUGAAGUCAUUAUUGUUGCAGCCAUUACUGCUGUGAUAGCCUUCCCCAACCCAUACACAAGGCUCAACACCAGUGAACUGAUUAAAGAGCUGUUUACAGACUGUGGCCCCUUGGAAUCCUCCUCUCUUUGUGACUACAGAAAUGACAUGAAUGCCAGUAAAAUUGUUGAUGAUAUUCCUGACCGACCAGCAGGCGUUGGAGUAUAUUCAGCUAUCUGGCAGUUGUGCCUAGCACUCAUAUUUAAAAUAAUAAUGACAGUAUUCACUUUUGGUAUCAAGGUCCCGUCGGGCCUGUUUAUCCCCAGCAUGGCGAUCGGAGCCAUUGCAGGGAGGAUUGUGGGGAUUGCUGUGGAGCAGCUCGCCUACUACCACCACGACUGGUUCAUCUUCAAGGAGUGGUGUGAGGUCGGGGCUGACUGCAUCACUCCUGGGCUGUAUGCCAUGGUUGGUGCUGCCGCAUGCUUAGGUGGUGUGACAAGAAUGACUGUCUCUCUGGUGGUUAUUGUUUUUGAACUUACUGGAGGCUUGGAAUAUAUUGUUCCUCUUAUGGCUGCAGUAAUGACCAGUAAAUGGGUUGGUGAUGCCUUUGGUAGGGAAGGUAUUUAUGAAGCACACAUCCGACUAAAUGGGUACCCUUUCUUGGAUGCAAAAGAAGAAUUCACUCAUACAACCCUGGCUGCUGAUGUCAUGAGACCUCGAAGAAGUGACCCUCCCUUAGCUGUUUUGACACAGGACAAUAUGACAGUAGAUGACAUAGAAAACAUGAUUAAUGAGACCAGCUAUAAUGGCUUUCCUGUUAUAAUGUCAAAAGAAUCUCAGAGAUUAGUGGGAUUUGCCCUCAGAAGAGACCUGACAAUUGCAAUAGAAAGUGCCAGAAAAAAACAAGAAGGUGUUGUUGGCAGUUCUCGGGUGUGCUUUGCCCAACACACUCCAUCUCUUCCAGCAGAAAGUCCUCGGCCAUUAAAACUGAGAAGCAUCCUUGACAUGAGUCCUUUUACAGUGACAGACCACACCCCAAUGGAGAUUGUGGUAGACAUCUUCCGAAAGCUUGGUCUGAGGCAGUGCCUUGUCACUCACAAUGGGAUUGUCUUGGGGAUCAUCACAAAGAAGAACAUUUUAGAGCAUCUCGAGCAACUAAAGCAGCACGUGGAGCCCUUGGCGCCUCCUUGGCAUUAUAACAAAAAAAGAUAUCCUCCGUCAUAUGGCCCAGACGGCAAACCAAGACCCCGCUUCAAUAAUGUUCAACUGAGUCCUGUAGAUGAGGAGAGAGAGGAGACAGAAGAGGAAGUUCGUUUGUUGAAUAGCACAAUUCUUUAAUCUGCGGGACUCGUCCACUUUUUUCUUCUUUAAAAAAAAAAAAAAGGAAAGGAAAUACAAGAUGAGCUUUUGCAACCCAGAUUGCAAAUAAUGCUGGGAGAACAGAGGGAUUGUUUGGGGAGGGAGACAGAAAAAGAGUGAGGUAUUUCCCUAACUAAUGGCAACAGUAAUCCAUCUCACGUUGUUCUGCACUGUCGCAUUCACUGAGGCUAUGCAGUGAGAGUGCAGGCUUGAGCCUCCCUGGAGCCUUCAUUGGAAUCCUCGAGCAUCUGGCUGUUACGUCAGCACCACAGAGACGCAUUAUCGUCCCUAUUUCUGGAGGGAUUACUGUGAAUUGAGCCAUCUAUUAAGACUGCAAGGUCUUGCCCUUUUAUAUCAGAACUGUUGUGUUUAACUCAUGAAUUGUAUAGUUAAGCAUCACCUUUCUACAUUCCAAAAGAGCUUCUCUCCCCUCCCUCCCUCCCCCUGCCCCCCCAAGCUGUAACAAAACCUCUUUGGUGUGUCGUUUUGAAGCAGUCCUUUCUCAUAUUGAGAUGUACUGUGAUCUUACUGACGUUUCAUCACAAGAAGGGAAUGUUUCUUGUGCCAUUAACCAUGUAGUGUGUCCCAUCACUAAAGGCUUGGGAAUGUGUGCACACCACUGCUGGCCAAGCAGGUACGCAUGGAGGUAUGAACAAAGGCCCCAGCUUGUGUGCCAUGUGGUUCAGAAUCAAAGGCAAACUUGACUCUAAUCAGUUUUAUUUUUUCCUCAGACUUUAUGGAUAAUGUGACCUAAUCUUAUGCAAAUUUUCUAUUUCUGAAAUUCCUACUAUGACAUAAAAGUGCUGUUGAGCAUAAUUAAACCAAAUGCUGCUGUGUGACAUGGAGAGAAGGAAGGAUUCUGUUUAGCUGUACCUGGUAUUGAUUGCAUGUUAAACACUGGGACUCUUUUCAAAUUAGAUCAUUCUUUUAUUUCAGGAUGUUUCACUGCUGACACUGGAGAUGAACUGUAAUUCAUAACUUGCACUAAAUGUAUAUUUCCUUUCUUAAAAAUUUACCAUUUUUAUUUAUAUUUUUAUGGAUUAAAAUUUAUAAAAUGAAGAUCAGUUAAUAUUGCACUUAAAUAAUUUUACCUUUUUAAUGUGGCUUUUUUUUAAUAGACUAAUUUUGACUUACAAAUAAGGAGGUAUGAGCAAAGAUUGCAAUGGGCACAAAGGUUUAAGAAGAGGUGGUCACUUCUGUGAUCCCAGAGUACACAUGAUACCUUCUGAUUUCUCACUGCCAUCUCUUGGGUCAUGCCCUCCGACCUGUCCAUUCCCACCACAACUAGAGAGUUGAAAAUACCAUAAAUUACCACUAGUAGAUUAAAGCCAAACCUUUUGUUUUGUUUUGUUUUUUUAGGAAAGAAAAACCAAUCAAAAAUGAGUCACUGGGUAGGUCACAGCCGUCCCUGAAGUGUUCCGUGAUGAUUUGAAUAGAUGUGGUGCAGAUUAGUUACAAUGUACUUCCGAGUACUUAAGAGUUGUUACUGGCAGUGUCUGUGUUAAUCAUGGUCUGAAUUCACUACUGGCAAAGGAUGCUUGCUCACCACACUGACCCAGGCAGUCUUCGAGUAUGAAUUUUCUAAAGGCAAAUGCAUUUGUGCAGACAGAUAUUUUCUGAAACAACUGGCAAUGAGCCAUUUUUAAUAAAUUUCAGUUCACAUUAGAUCUGUAUGAUCUUGAAGACUUAGAAGAUCAGGAAGCCAUAUUAGCGGGAGCCAAAGUUCACCAAAAUUGGAGGAUUUCUCAGCUGUGCUCUAUGCCAACAAUAUUUUGUGUUUUUACUCUGGUUGGCAGGUUUCAACAUUCUUGUUGUUCUGUGGCUCAGUAGAGUGAGCUCAUUUUUAAUGAUAGUUCUUAGCUCUUAAAGUAAACUUCCAGUAUGGAAGACACUGCUGGGCUAAAGUCUCCAGCAUGGCUGAUUGGUGCCUCAGCCCCUUCUGGGUUCUAAGUCUUCAAAGGAGAAGCCGGUUUCUUUGUAGCUUCACACGAUGAAAAUGAACAUGAUUAAGUUUCCAUAUUUCCUUUUAUUUUACAUUCUGCUUUCAUGACCCAUCUUCAGAGACUGACAUUUCUUUGUUACAUUUCUCAAUCUGAUGUGUCUUACUGCUGAAAUACAUGAAAAGUGCCGUUUUUAAUGCGUUCAGAGGUUUGGGUUUUUUGGGGGGGGGGUAUUACUAUCUGUUGGUUCCUUUUGUUUGUUUUGUUUUGUUUUUUUCCCAUAAAGAUUUGGUUGAUUUUUAACCAGAUAAGAUAGUGGAUACCAUGAACUACAUGUGCCUAGCUAAUUGGCAAAUUUAUUGACCAAUAUACUAAGUGCAGCGCCUUAUUUGAGUACCCUUUUUGAGAAGGUAUGAUGAAAAUGGGCGAGCGUGUCAGCAUCUAAUAAUAAUCGUUUUUGGUUUUGGUUCAUGAAGAAUGCUUAGUUUGUUAACCUGUGAUGUUGCCUAGAGCUGUAUUUAUCUGUUUUUAUUUAUACUAGUAUAGUAAAAGCUGCAUAUCAUUACAGUAAAAACGAUUACUGUGAUGAGUUAAGAUCUAUUAAAAUCUCUACUUAAA